AUGAACAAUCGAUUAAAAAAUGACGAAGGAAUGGAAGAGCUCUUUGCCUGCAGGAAGGAACUGAUGAAAGCGAAAGGCGAGGACCUCAAAGAUGGUGUCCUUAUCGCACAAGGAAUGAAGCUAGUUCUUCAACCUUAUUCUCAGGCAUCUCAUCUUAAAAUUCUGGACUUACUUCUCGUUAUCCUUCGACAAGUCACCUUUAUCGUCUCAUCCUUAUCUCCACCCGAGGUAGUCUCUCUGACUGAAAAUCACCUUGUACCAGCAUUUAUACCUGGAGGCAUACUGGCUUCGCUAGUACUGAAUAACCUCGAAAGCACAUUGAAACUACAACAACAACGAGCAUCCGAAGCUCUGUCUUCAGCUGGAAAACUAUCCAUGUUACUUCCUGGACCUUCGACAUCCACAAGUGAAUCGACAACCUUCGUUGUACCUCUCUUUCAACAAGCUAUACAUGGUGGUAUCUCCAGAAAAUCAAACUUAACCAUAAUCUCAACUUUACUGGAAUAUAUCCCACUUUCGAUCAUUCCUAAUAACUUGAUUGAUGAUCUGUUGGACGAUUUGGUAGUGGUCGAAUGUGCUCUUAUCCGUUCAACAUUAAUCGUCAACCUACUCCAGCGACUUUCGUCUGGUUUGCCGGAGAAUGAGAUGAAAUCUUCAGUAUUAGGUAAACUCAUACCUUGUUUCGAUCCAACUCUUCCUCAUUCUGUAAUGGCGAAUAUGAAUCGGUAUCUCCUUCCGGCAUUAUUCAAAUCGGAUCCAACAUACGUCCCUAAUCUUCUGGACACUCUUCGUAGUUGUGCGAAAUUAUUUGGAACAUGGGUGACUGUCGCAUCUUUGGGCUUGUCGUUAGGUUUAGUGAAGGUAACUGAUCUUCCUCGAGAAGAUUUAAGGGAUGCACUAGCACAUGAAGAUGCGGAUAUAAGGAUAAAAGCAUUCGAAUUAGUAUCUGGAUCAAAAGCACAUUUCUCCCAGGACGUGUUGGAAUUGAUCAAAGAGGGAUUCAGAUGGAAUGAUGCUUUACCUUCUGCAGGGACUCGAUCUACAUUUUCAUCAUCAACUUAUGCAUUGCUCGUCCGAUUACAUCAACUGGAAACUUCCACUAGGAGGGUCUUUCGGAAGAAGCUAUCUCCCACAGUGGAAGUAGAACAAGCUUCACUAUCUCACAUACUACCUUCAUGCCAGUCAUUCCGCCAUUGGUUUCUAGUCGAUCACAUUGAUCCUGGACUGAGACAAGCUAGGAGAUUCCCAGUUUUCAAAAUCCUUUUAUCGCUCAACUUGCUAGGAAGAUAUUUGGAGGUCUUCGGAGCGACGGGUGAUACGCAAGAGAAAGUGUAUACGAAAGACAGGGUGGAGAUGCUUUUCAAUUGCCAAAUGAGCGAGUAUACCGAAGUUCGUACUAGAGCUAGGAAGAUUCUGGAAUCCUCGACGAUACCUUUACCUGGCUAUGAAACACUUUCCACACUGUCAUCUCAAGCUCUUCUGAACUCAGCUUUGAGCUCUAUCAACUUACCUAGAAAAACCCAAGCCGAAGCUGGGAAAUCCGUAUUAUGUAUUUUAUUCAUCAAAUUAGUGAAAGAUGAUCGAGAUCAAUCUCUAGCGCUGGAUUUCGUUGGAUUUCUGAUUCAGUCAUUGGCAAGGGGUAUUGAAGAGGUAGAACAGGAUCUGGUGAAAGGCAUGGAAGAAUAUCCCUUGCAUGGCUCUUUGGCUGCUAUCAGGGAUUUGUUGUCAUGUCUUGAUCUCUCAUCGAACGCUAAGCAAUCUUUAUGGAAAUCCACGUUUCAACGUUUGUUCACCCUCAUCAACCGAAUCUGGAACGUCACGAGACCUGUCAUUUCCCUAGCGCCGAGUACCACUGAGGGUGCGGCAGAUUCCGCAAGACCUGAUCAUGAGAUUGCUCGUGCGUACGAAGUAAUGGGAGGAGAAGAAGGGGAAGACGAGGAGGGAGGAGAAGAAAUGGAUCAUACUGGAUUGUUAUCAGGAUGUUGGAGAGCAACGAGAAAUGCAGGCGAGCUAUUGGCUAGCAUCGUAUCACUCCCAUUGGUUCAGUCAACCACUUCACAAUGUCUGUGGAGCGAGGAAGACAUCAGUCUGGCUGGCCAAUGCUUCUUGACUUGGAUGCAUGAGAUCAGGCAUAGAGGCACUUUCUCUAAGAUUGCGAUAGCUUUCGCUCAGCUUGUCGAAGCUGUCAGACCAAUACCGAAUAUAAGAGGACUUUGCGAUGAAUGGUUGGACCACGAGCUCAAUACAAUCGCAUCGGAUCAACAUUCCACUACUCGUCGUUCGGCCGCAUUACCUUAUUCUAUACUUUCCUUAGUCUCCUCAGAUGAAGAACUCCUCACCACUGCUCUGAAUAGCUUACUGGGUCUGGCUAGAGUGGAAAAUCAUGAUACCUCAAAUGUGACAAAGGUGCAUGCUUUCAAUGUACUUAAGAUAGUAAUGUUAGAUGCUAGACAGACGAAAUGGUUCACUCAAUGGUUUGAGAAAGGAGUAAUCACUGCUUUAGGCGCCUUCGAAUCAGCUGAUUGGAAUGUGAGAAAUGUAGGGUUGAUCCUGUUCUCUACACUUGUUCAUCGAUGUUUAUCUCCUCCUCGAGGUGGUCAAGAUUAUUAUCGAUCAAGAUCAAUCUUGGCCACUAGAACAUCGUUUUCCACAUUCCAUACGAAAUACCCUCUUGUCAUUCCAUUCAUCACGAAACAUCUUCAAAAUAACAAGACGGAAGAAGGCAGGCAUUCCCCAUUAUUUCCUAUUCUGAUUAUUCUUAGAAGCUUGAGGUACGAUGAUGGGGCUGAGGACUUAGUGAAAGAGCUAAGGAGGGUCGUCGGCAAGUAUCUUAGCAGCAAGGAGUAUCAGGUUCGACAAGUGGCGUCUCAAGCAUUAUCUUCCCUCACAUCUCCUUCUCAUUCUCUUGAUAUCGCUUUGUCUAUCUCAGCUACAAUGGACGUAGAUUCGAACUCCGUUCAUGGACACUUACUGUUCUUGCAACAACUCAUUGCCAACGUCAUACCAUGGUAUCAAGUCUCCAUCGAAACGAAAAUCUCUAUCGAAGAGAUGUUAAGAGAGCUGGCCGAACAAUACAUCCAGCUGGAUUGCCCGUCUACUGCUCAAGCGAUACUGGGCUGCAUCGGGGAUUAUACAAGGGCCACUUCUCCCUCCUCAUCUGUAUUAGUGGAAAAAGUCACAGCUCAGUCAACGAAUUAUCUAAACACAAGAACUGACACUCAUUUUGUGCCUGGAGAAGAUGCUGGGCAGAUCGCUUGCACACGAUUUCUCCUGUCCACUCAACCAAACCAGAAUCUGUUAAUAAGUUUACUAUCAUCCACUUCCUCUGAAACAGAUCAUAUUCUUGCCCUUAAGAAGUUACCUUCCUUACCGCAUUUAUGGAGUAAAGACAUGUUCGACACUGUGCUCAAUAUCGCAAUCAGUGGAAGAGGUGGAGAAACUGUUCAGAUUAUAGCUUUGGAGGACCUCGCCGAGAUCAACUGGUCACGAGAGAUACUGACAGGCGUUAAAGGCAAAUGGAAGAGGGUGAUUGGCCGACUGAAUGGAUUAUCGGGAACGGGGUGCAUACCUUUGAGAGAAGCUGGAUUGGUAGCGUUAGGAUGGGCUGUGCACCAAAGCAUUGUCAAUGAAGACGUAGUGCCAAAAGAUGGGCUGAAGUCACUUUCGCAUCCGAUCAUGUUAUUCUCACAAGAGGAUGAAUCGCUACCUUCACGUUUCUCCGCCCUCCGUUCGCUUUCUCACAUUACUUCACAUCUGUUCGCUUCUCCCAGCUCAGCGCUGCAUCGUACGUUGCUGAGAUUGCUUCAAGAUGAUGACGAGGGUGUACAACUAGGUGCAGCUGUGAUAAUAUUUCAUGGACUUGGUAGGAAAAGAGGACUUGUUCAAGCUAAAACCAUGGAGAUGUGGUGGGACUGGCUGGAGGGGUAUCUGUACGGUUUGAAAGAUAGAGAAGAAUGGAUAAAGUGGAUCACCGAACUGGCCAAAGACAAACCCGGUUUAGACAAUGACCUCACAGUCAUCAACAAGGAUCAUACUUCUGAUGUGAUAUUUGAGAUAGAACCAAAUAACAUCUUCAGGGAUCCUCUCAUUGAUUCAUAUUACGCAAAUAGACUACUUGCUUCUCUGAACGUGGAACGGCCCGAAAUCAACCGUUUCCUUGAGAGAGGAGACCAAGAUAACUUGUACAGCCCGAUUGAUGAAGAAUGGGAAGCUAGACGUACAAUCAAUCGAAGAAGGGACUAUUCAAUUUAA